AUGUUUAAAUCAUGUUUUGUUUACGCGUAUGGAUUGUCUUCGUGUUUAAUUCUCAUUCUGGGCAUCGCGCUGGCCUUGUCUAACGUGUUUUCGCAAAUAGUGGAAAGAGUGGUGGAAAAGGAGAUCGUAUUGAAGAACGGCACCGAUGCAUUCGAUGCUUGGGAGGACCCACCGGCGCCGAUCUACAUGCAGUUUUAUUUCUUCAACCUGACCAAUCCCUUGGAAGUGCUGGUCGGAGACAGACCAGCUGUUGAGGAAAUCGGACCGUACACUUACAGAGAGUACCGGCAGAUGGAAGAAGUAAGCUUUCAGGAUAAUGGCACCAAAGUAACAGCAGUCAACACUAAAACUUACAUAUUCCAGCGUGACAUGUCAAGAGGUCCAGAGAGUGAGCUCAUCAGGACUGUUAACAUCCCUGCUGUGACGGUGAUGGAGAAGUUCAAGAACGAGCCUUUUUACGCCAACCUGAUCUCGUCCUACAUGAAGGACAAAGGCGAGGGCCUGUUUACUACACGUACAGUAGGAGAACAUCUAUGGGGAUAUGAAGACGCUCUGCUGAAAGCUAUCCAUGCUUUCAAACCCGACGUGGAUCCUUAUUUUGGACUUUUCUAUAAGAACAAUGCUUCCAAUGAUGGACAAUAUGUGUUCUGGACGGGCCAACAAAACUACAUGGACUUUGGUCGAGUGGAUUCUUGGAACAAUCAAAGCUCACUGAAUUGGUGGACGUCUGACGAGUGCAACAUGAUCAACGGAACCGACGGCGCCUCCUUUCAUCCUGUCAUCACGAAGGACGAAACCCUCUACAUGUUCUCCUCAGACCUGUGCAGGUCUAUAUAUGCUGUGUUCGAAAAGGAUGUAACGGUGAAAGGAAUCCCCGGGUAUCGCUUCGCUCCCCCAAGUGAGGUUUUCGCAAACACAUCCGUAAACCCAUCCAACGCGGGUUUCUGCGUCCCCGCCGGCAACUGCCUCGGUUCAGGCGUUCUUAAUGUAAAGCCCUGCAAAAAAGAAGCGCCAAUCGUAAUGUCCUCGCCGCACUUCUACCAGGGAGAUGAGAAAUUUGUUCAGGCAGUUUUCGGCAUGAAGCCCCGCAAGGAGUAUCACCAGACCUUUGUUGAUCUCAAUCCGCUCACUGGAAUCGUCCUGCAAGCUGCCAAACGUCUCCAGGUCAACGUCUACAUCGAGAAAAUGGACACAUUCAGUCAAACUGGAAACGUGAGCACCGUGAUUUUACCUGUUGUUUAUCUGAAUGAGAGCGUCGUCAUCGAUGAUUCAUCGGUGGCCAAGCUGAACACCGUGGUGGUGGAACAAUACGUGCUGGUAAACAUUCCUUUCAUACUGAUCGGAAUCGGCAUCCUACUGGGCGGAGUCUUCAUGUUGAUGGUGUGUCGACACAAGCUACCUGAGGAUUUAGCUUCCACAACAUGA